CCUUGUUUUCUGGGACAAUCCCAAUUUUUGGACCAGCGCCUCUACUGAAUAUGGGAGACUCCUUAAUAUGGGAGACGAUCUCCCAUAGUGGAGACUUGCUUUGCGAAAUAACAAAGAAACGACACCAACAAAAGCGUAAUAUUUCCACCCAAAAUUUUGUCUCACUGAAGUCAGAAGCCCAUUUGUUUUGUGUGUGGAUGACAAUAAAAAUCCUUAUCCAAAGAAAAGGAGACGGUGAAAUUUUAAAGUAGACAGAGAAAGGGGUAUUUUUUUUUAGGAAUCUGCUUAUCUCAUUUCUAUUUGGUGCCAAGCAAAUCCUUUAGCAGCAAAUGUAAACAAAGGAAAUUGGUCUCCAAACUGGAGACUGUCUCUGAAAUUGAAUACCCAAAUUCUUUACAAAUUCUUUGUCAAUGUAAACAUAUCAGGCUUCAUAACAAGAUUACUGGAAGAUGUCAAGUCGUGAACUUGGAGGAAUUUAUUGAGGUCACUGUCCACUGAAUCUAUUUUUAGUAUGCUAUAUCCCUUAAUUGUCGUCUAUGUCCUGCAGGGGUAAGUGAAAAAAAACUCCCAAUAAACAAGGACAAUCUCAAUUUAUCAAGACAUUAUUUUUCUUUGCUCAUGAGGAUAUCCUUGUUUUCUGGGACAAUCCCAAUUUUUGGACCAGCGUCUCUAAUGCUUAGGCAGGCCUAAACUUAAGUUAGACUGGAGUUAGACCGAAAGCUUCAGUCUCUGUUAUAUUGGUUGUUCCGCUGAACGCUGUUGGCUCCACUCACCAAUUACAGAGACCAAAGUUCUAACUCAAUCUGUGCAGGGACUCAAUGGCCAUAUGUUCAUGUAUUAAGUUUGGAUAAACCAGCGAAGUGGGAGUUGCGUGACAGCCGAAUGAAAGAGAAGAUUUAUAGAAAACUCAUCAAGAAAUUAUGGAUCUAACUGAGGGGUCAACUUCUCAAUCUCUGAUGUCAGCAUCAUCAGGGACUGGAGGCCUCUUUAAUAUUACUGGAUUUGAAGAAGAUGUUUCUAAAGAUGACUCACAACUGUCAGUAGAGGGCAGCUUUAAUGAAUCUAAUACACCUGAUGUGAGUGCUUCACUGGACCAAUCCCUGAGUAACCCACAAAUAAUUACAGAUAUAUCUCAAGUUGAGAUAUUGCAGCAGGAUACGCCAUCACAAGAAGCAGUCGAAAGCAAUAAAGAUUCUGAGGCAGCUGCUAAAGGAAAAGGUGGCUGGCCUAAAGGCAAGAAGCGUAAAGUGAAGCCUCUUAGAGAUCACAAUGCUCCAAGAGCACCUCAUACUGGGUAUGUUAGAUUCUUGAAGGAGGGUCAAGAGAAGAUACGAGCUGAGAACCCUACUAUGAGCUUUGCUGAAAUCACUAAACUCUUGGCUGGACAAUGGUCCAAGAUGUCUGCUGCAGAGAAACAGCGAUACCUAGAUGAAGCAGAUAGAGAUAAAGAGAGGUAUGCUAAAGAGCUUCAGCAGUACCAACAGACUGAAGCUUUUAAAGCUUUCUCUAGGAAACAAGAAGAACGAAAGCUUAGGAAUGAACUGAUAGAGGCAGAAGAAGCUCAAACUAAUGGUUCUACUAUGGAGUUUGUUGAUGAAAACAGAGAAGAAAUUCCAGGAUUUGAUAUUCCUAUCUUCACUGAAGAAUUCCUCAACUAUAAUAAAGUAAGAGAGAAUGAGCUAAGACAGCUUAGAAAAUCAACAACGGAGUAUGAGGAACAGAAUGCUAUCUUGCAGAAGCACAUUGAUAAGAUGAAGGAAGCUAUUGAUAAGCUAGAAGCAGAGACAGUACAACAACGUAAUACUAACAUGGCACUACAAAGUCACCUUCAGCAACUCCGAGCCACACUCACAGCUAGUUUUGCUGGGGUUCCAUUGCCAGGUUCUAAUGAAGUUCCUUCAUUAACUACAGUUGAUUCCUACAUGACCAAACUUCAUCAACUAAUUAUGGAUUCACCACAGAAUGAAAACCUAAUCUCAAAUGUCAGAGAGAUAGUCAAUAGAUUGGAUCUUCAUGGGGAUGUGGAUCCAAAGUUAUGACCAUCACAGGCCAGCCCCUUCCGUACUCUGUAACCAGUAGCAGCUUUAUAUCAUUCAAAAUGAUCAGCCUUGUUGCAGGAAAUACAGAAGGCAUCAAGCAUCUUUGAUGACCCAUCUUGUGUACUCAUUGAUAAUGGAAUUCAGUAUAUCCCUACAGGCCUUGUACAUGGACCACCCACCUAGUUUUUGUGGACAAUUGAAUAAAUGCGAAACAUGUGAAACAUGGAGAACACUGAACAUCAUUUAAUGGAAGGAAACCUCAAAUGUUUGGAUUCAUACAAUGGAUCAUAAGAUGUCAUCACCCCCCAAACUAAAAUUUCAUUUUGCUGCAUAAACUGUGUUGAUAUUGAAAAUAUUUCUAAAUGUGUGUCACGUUUCCUAAAGGAUCAUUAGGAUAAAGGUAUGUAUUCUGGAGAAUGUACAUGUUACCAAUGGAGGAUGAGAAUUUCUUUGCUGCUUUGUACUGCUCUCAUCUAUAUAUUGCCCAUGGAUCUUUUGCUUCACUACUAAACUUGCAAUUCAUUUUACAUAGUUUACCUGUCUAGCUUGGAUACAAUAAAAAGUGGAUUUACAUGUAUCAACUUCCGUCAUUCUGUGUAACAGGAUGCAUACUGCAUGCAAUCUGUAAAACAGAGGGCUGGGUGUUUUACAUAAAAUCAAAUUAGACUUAAAGCCAAUGUUACUGGGGCAGGGUGCAUACUUGAGCCCACUGACAACUACCCUUUAGUGUGUACCUAUUGAGCAUUAUAUGACUAAUUGGAUAAUCUCUCAUAUAUACAUCAACUUUGGUGUAUCUGUUAGUACAUUUUCACACUUUGGAAUCAACCCAAAAAUGUUAUAUGGGCAUUUACAGAGCUGCCAAGUAGUACAGACUUUUUCGCAUUUAGUACUGAAAAAUGAGAAUACUGAUGGUUUCAUGCAAAAU